AAAGCUAGAUCGAGGUUAUCAAUAGCAAUGGCUGGAGCUUCUUCAUCAUCCUCUAGUUUUGCUGAAAUCCUUACCGAAAUUCCUGAGCUUAGGGGUGAUAAUUUCAAAAUCUGGAAGGAACGAGUUCUUCUUCAUUUAGGCUGCGCCGACAUGGACUACGCAAUAAGGAAGGACGAACCUGCUGCAAUCACUGUGACUAGCACUGCUGCUCAGAUCGCACUAUAUGAGAAAUGGGAGCGGUCCAAUCGCCUCAGCAUCAUGUUCAUCAUGUCCAAGAUCCCUCUGGGAAUGCGUGGAUCGGUGGAGCAACCUGAGAAAGUCAAAGACUUGAUCAAACUGAUCGAUGAGCAGUUCGACACUUCGGACAAACCACUUUACAACAACCUCAUCCACCAGUUCUCAUCCACAAAACUCACUGGUGUCAAAGGAGUUAGAGAACAUAUUUCAAAGAUGAGGGACAUUUCUGCUCAACUGAAGAAACUCGAUGUAGUCAUUCCCGAAACCUUCCUGGUCCACUACAUCCUUAACCAUCUUCCACCUCAAUAUGGGCCUUUCAAAAUUUCCUACAACACACAUAAGGACAAAUGGAGUAUCAAUGAACUGAUAACCAUGUGUGCUCAAGAAGAAGCAAGGCUCCUGCAGGAACAAGGUGAAAGUGCUCACAUGGCCACCCAAGGCAAGAAACGCAAACCAUCCAAGAAGGACAAGGGGAAAAAUAAAGUGCCUCCCCAAGGUGAUAUAAAGAAGGAUUCCAUCAAAUGUUUCUUCUGCAAAAAGAAGGGACAUGCGAAAAAGGAAUGCGCCAAGUUCAAGAAAUGGAUGGACGACAAUGGGUUUACAAAACCUAAGGAAGCCAGUGGGAAGUGAGCAAAGCAUCUUAUCUGGAAACAAGAUGGGCUCACAUGUGGAGGCUAUAGGAACGUGCCAUUUAGUUUUAAGUAGCGGUUUUGUUUUAAAGUUAGAAAAGACA